UUUGCCGGGAAAGUUUCAAGUAACGUUGAUCAGUUAUCGUAGCGUUUUCGCAAUCCUCAACUACCGAUUAAGUAACUAAUAUGUAAUGUAUAGUCAUUAAACCUUCAUUGUUAAGUAGUUAAGAAAGGAAUAUUUUUCUAUUAAGUUUUUUAAUUCUAAAUCUUAUAAGUUUUCUGAUACCAUGUCAAAGGUUACAUUGAACUUGAUAGCCGCGGCCUGUGAUAAUAUGGGAAUUGGAGUCAACGGGACACUUCCAUGGAGACUAAAAAACGAAAUGGCCUAUUUCACGUCCAUGACUUCAAGUGUGAAAGACAAUGCUAAGAAGAAUGCAGUUAUAAUGGGACAUGUAACAUGGGAUUGUAUACCACAAAAAUACAGACCUCUAGCUGGCAGGAUAAAUAUAGUUCUUACAAGCAAUGUGGAUGUUUUGAAAACGCAAGUUCCAGAUGGUGUUGAAGUGGUAAGAAAUCUAGAUAAAGCGAUAGAACUAAUUGAAGCUCGGCAUGAUAUUGAAUCGGCUUGGGUUAUAGGAGGCUCAGCUAUAUAUAAGGCCGCCAUAGACCAUCCGAACUGUGACAAAAUAUAUUUAACAGAAAUACAGAAAUCUUUUAUCUGUGACACAUUUUUUCCCGCCUUCGACAAGCAGAAGUUCAAGCAGAUACAAGAAGAGGGCGUUGAUAGUGAAAAACAAUCGGAAAAUGGCAUAGAUUAUUAUACAAGAGUUUAUAAAAGAGUUUUAUAAUAAAUAAUGUUUAAUUGU